AUGGCGGAGGCCCGCCCGGCUCCCGCGCGGGUUCGCGUCACCGGCGUCGUCAAGAAAAGCGAGCCGAACACCCAGGCCUGGGCUCAGGCCGAGGCGUCGCCGCCGAGAGCCAAGGCGGGGGAAGCCGUAUGCGCAGGGCGCAGGGGGGAGUCUGCCCAGUCUGCCCGUCCCGGGACGUGGGGAGUCUGCACCGCAGCGAAGCGACCGCAACGAGGCCGGGCGCGUGGUCAGCGCGAGCAGCAGCGGCGAGCGCGCUGCCGAGCGCGCUGCCGAGGCCGUGCGCGGAAAGGAUGGUUAACGGUGAACUUUUCACAGUGCUCGGUCACGCUCUGCUUCAGGCGCGAGUCAGCCAGGUGGCCACCGGGCAGCGUCGCAGCUCCGCGUCGCGCAGCGCGUCUCCGCGGUCUCCGCGUCCGGGGCCGGAGGUGCUCGGAGCCUCGCCCACGCGGUCAGUUGCCAAGGCAAGGGGCAAGGGCAGAGGGGCAGAGGGGCAGAGGCGACCGCGGAGGCGACCGGGAGCGGAGUGAGGGCGAGUUUCGGAGGUCCUGGAAACCGCCACCAGGGAGCCCAGCCCCGUCGCACAGCCCGUGCAGCCCGCGCAGCCCCGGGCCCUGUCUGCUUAGAGUGCAAAAAGAGUCGCGCCCGUCCCGUCCCCCCCCAUAUAAUUUCCGAGGCAGGAGGCCUCGGAAGCGCGGAAGAGGCGCCGACUGUGCGCUUUGA